GAGCGACCGCCAAGCCAAGCCAAGCCAAGCCAAGAUGGGCUCCUUCCUCUCCUCGCUCGUCACCCCUCCGCCCCUCGACGACGGCGACUCCGCCGUCGUCGCCGUCCACUCCAAGGCCGCCUGGGACCAGCAGUUCGAGGCCCACCGGAACGCAGCCAAGCUGAUGGUGAUCGACUUCUCGGCGUCCUGGUGCGGGCCCUGCCGCUUCAUCGAGCCCGCCUUCAAGGAGAUGGCCUCCCGCUUCACCGACGCCGUCUUCGUCAAGAUCGACGUCGACGAGCUCGGGGAGGUUGCAAAGACAUUCCGUGUAGAGGCGAUGCCGACCUUUGUACUAGUGAAGGGCGGGCAGGAGGUGAGCCGCGUGGUUGGGGCUAAGAAGGAUGAGCUUGACAGGAAGAUCAAGACGUUCAUCGCAUCGUGCUAAUCCUAGUUCAGUACUUGUACCCCAGUUCUAGUACCAGGUUCUGGCUCCUAUAGUUCCCUCGUGUUACAGUGCCAAUUCCCCUUCUAAAAUUAUGUAAAAAAUCGACGUGAAGUGGCAAUAAGCUCCUAAAACUUGGAUUAUAGAAAUGUAUAAAUCUGGCCUGUCUUAUCAUUA